CUCUCAGUACGGACUCCCGGCCCGGUGAGUGUCAGAGCGGCGGACAUGGCGGAGCGGAGGGUCUCCCGCUGGUAUUUCGGGGGCCUGGCCUCGUGCGGGGCUGCCUGCUGCACCCACCCGCUGGACCUCAUCAAGGUCCAUCUGCAAACUCAGCAGGAGGUGAAAAUGCGUAUGACUGGGAUGGCGAUCAGCGUGAUCCGAAAUGACGGUUUCUUUGCACUUUAUAACGGUCUAAGCGCGUCGCUCUUCAGACAGAUCACCUAUUCCAUGACGCGCUUCGCGAUCUAUGAGACUGUGAGAGACCGUCUAGCCCAGGACAGCAAAGGCCCACUUCCUUUCUAUCAGAAGGUGCUUCUAGGAGCAUUUGGGGGAUUUACUGGUGGAUUUGUGGGGACCCCAGCAGAUAUGGUGAACGUCCGGAUGCAGAAUGACAUGAAACUUCCAGCACAUCUGAGACGCAACUAUGCUCAUGCCCUGGAUGGGAUGGUACGAGUCAUACGCGAAGAGGGCUUCAGGAAGUUAUUCUCCGGGGCUACGAUGGCUUCCAGCCGUGGUGCUCUUGUGACGGUGGGGCAGUUGGCGUGCUAUGAUCAGGCAAAACAGCUGGUUCUGACCACAGGCUUCCUGACUGAUAAUAUAUUCACCCACUUCUUGGCUAGCUCCAUUGCGGGAGGAUGUGCCACAUUCCUGUGCCAGCCGCUCGACGUCAUGAAGACGCGACUAAUGAAUUCCAAGGGCGAAUACAGAGGAGUUGCUCACUGUGCUUUGGAAACUGCUAAACUGGGACCGCUGGCUUUCUACAAGGGUCUUGUACCAGCUGGGAUCCGACUCGUUCCACAUACUGUUCUAACUUUCGUGUUCUUGGAGCAGCUGAGAAAGUACUUUGGGAUCCGGGUCCCUGCGUAGCGUCCGUUUGGGGCGCAGGACGUCCAUCUUUAAAUCGUAACUACGGAGUAGAUCACUGGGACCACCUGUAACUCCCUGUAAUCACAGCUGCUUUGGGGGCUCAAGCUGGGCCAUCGGGGACUCCACUGGGACAAGUGGGAAAGUCAGUGUUAAACUGGAAUCCAGCCACGAUGAAUAAUGCAGUUAUCCCUUUAACCCCCAGCAACCCCUAAUUCACAGAUUGCUGGGGAAUAAACCAUGUUCAAAGUAGAUAUCUAAUCAUGACCUAUUGUAAACUGAAAAUUAUGGAUAAAAUGCAAACUUAAUAAAAAGUGAUUCUUUAGCUUGCAGAUGUUAACCACAGAUACACAAAAUAAAUUAACAGAAAGGUGUUGGAUCUGCUUAUAGCUAUAAAAACCUUGGGGUGGGGGGGUGAAGAAAACUGUGAAGCCGGCUAAUGGUAAAGAAAAUCCAUUUUGGACAAGUAAAAUGCUGAUUCUUUUCCCUUUAAACUCUAGAAACGUUCGGAACCUUUACACUUAGAUUGAUAUUACUCAGGUUUCUCUCUUAGUAUUUUAGGUUCGUAACAUUUUAGUUUUUAACCUUUUUGUGUUGGUGUGAGUACCACUCCACGUUCUGUGCUUUUGGAACCAUGCUGCCCCACACCACUGACACAGCCACAUUUUACAAAAAUUGCUUUAAUUGUCUGAUCGUUUUAAUGUUGUGUAAUUUUUUUUUUAAUGUAAUGAAUACAAAUAAUGGACAUAGUUUAUUGAUAAUGGAGUAACACUUUCAGGCGACUUCCUGAUGUGAUGUCAUAGAUAUAAUAUGAAACGUAUUUGUAAAUUAGAAAACAAAAUGUGAAGAAUUGUGCCUAAUAAACAUUAAAAUGAAUAAAACU